AUGGAUCUCAGUGCGAUUGAUCUAAUACUGAAGAAAUCAUCUGAAUUUCCGAAGUAUUUUAAUUUCUCUAAAGGUUCAUUUGGAAACAGUUACAAUCUAGCUCAUAUUGGCACGGGCAUACUGUUGGCUAUGAUUUUUCUUCUUUCCAUAGCCUGUUAUGUUCAUUAUCAUGAAUACAAAUGUAGGAAAAAUAUGCCAUUGGAUCCUUUAACACAGUUAACUGGUUCAAAACACUCACUAGUAUUGAAUCAAUCUACUCAAAAACUGAAUGCACACUGUUCAAACAAGAAACAUCAACUGCAUAAGCAUUACAAUUGUCAAACGUCUGGAUUACUAAAAGUGUUUGAACAGGGUGGACACUCACAUUUAGUCAAUGCACAACAUGAUUGUCAUGGAGCACAUUUUCCGUUGGAUAAUCAACAUGAUCAUUGUCGUACAAACAGAAUGAGUAGUAAAUUGCAACAAAGGACUCCAUCACAUUCAGGAUCACUAGUCAGAAAUGGUGGACGUACGGUGGUACGAGAUUCUUUACAUAGUAGUGCUGCUAACAAUCCAGGUGGAUUACUUGUUGUGGGAACUGGGACGAAUCUAUCAACCAGUAUGGAUGGAGGUUUACUUAUCAGAGAAAGAAUGCCAAAAAUAUCGAUAGUUUGA